UAAUGUUAAUGAAUAAGAGAAAUAAGGAUAUUGAUCCCCAUAAACGUACGUAAUCCCAAAGAGAGUUGGGAAUUCAAGAAAGGCCAGUUGUUGUUGUUGAUAUAUAUAAUAAAUAAGCAGCUACCAUCUUUGGCCUUCCUUAUACUCUAAAACGCAGCCAACUAAUUAAUAAAGCUUCAAAUAAUAAUUUCCAUGGCUGAGAAGAAAAACAACCGCCCCGAUUACUAUGACGGCCAAGAUUCAGAGCUUUUCUUCGAGCCUCAAUACAAUGACGGUCAAGAAGAUCAAGAAGAUGAUGUAGAGAUGAACAAUAAGGGAAUGGAAGGUAGUAGUGUUAGUAGUUGCAGCAGUUUCAGCGACGGAGACGACUCCACCGUUGCCGUUGCCGCCGUUAAUAGAUGUCUCGAUCGAGGUUGCAGCUCGGCCUCCGCUUCUCAACAAUGGCCACAAAGUUUCAGAGAAGCAAGUGAUUCAUAUGCGAUAACGACUUCACCAACAUUUGGGAUUUUACGGAUUCCAAAUAUCAUAAAAUCAAGCUUUCAUAAUGGAAUUGAGAGUUUGUUCGAGUCCGAUGUCAAUGUCAAUACCGAUACCAAUAUCGAUGCAAAGGCUCCAUUAUUAAACAAUUAUUAUGGCCAUGAGGAACAUAAUUUGGACUAUAAUAACUCUUCUUCCCAAUCAUUGUCUGCUCCUCAUGGUUGCACCUUCACACAGACCAUUUUUAAUGGAAUGAACUUCAUGGCUGGGAUAGGGCUGUUGUCCACACCUUACACAGUAAAAGAAGGUGGAUGGGGAAGCUUGGGAGUGCUGCUUGUUUUUGCCCUUGUUUGCUUUUUCACAGCUAUGCUUAUGAAAUAUUGCUUUGAAAAGAGAAGCCAAUUCAAAAUUAGAACCUUCCCAGAUUUGGGUGAAGCUGCCUUUGGAACCUUUGGACGUCUCUUUGUAUCGAUCCUUUUAUAUUUGGAAUUAUAUUGUUGCUGUGUUGAGUUCAUAAUCUUGGAAGAGGACAACCUUAGCAGUCUAUUUCCAAAUACAUGGCUGAAUUUUGGUGGCCUUCAUUUGGACUCUAUGCAUCUCUUUGGAAUUAUUACUGUCCUUCUUCUUUUACCUACUGUUUGGCUCAGGGAUCUCCGUUGGAUCUCAUAUAUCUCUGCGGGUGGGGUACUAGCAACAACAGCGGUAAUCCUAACCAUAGCUUAUUUGGGAACAAUUGGAGGAAUAGGGUUUAAUGAAGUUGAAGCUGGUGAAAUAGUCAAUUGGAAGGGCAUUCCCUUUGCUAUUGGAGCUUAUGGUUUUUGCUUCUCUGGUCAUACUCUCUUUCCAAAUCUUUACCAUUCUAUGGCAGAUAAAACCAAGUUUACUAAGGCUCUCUUAAUAUGCUUUGUAUUUUGUGUUUUCAUAUAUGGGGGAGUUGCUGUUAUGGGGUUUCUGAUGUUUGGCCAAAGUAUAUUGUCCCAGAUAACUUUGAACAUGCCACAACAUGCUCUUGCCUCCAAUGUUGCAAAGUGGACCACAGUUAUUGUUCCAUUGACUAAAUAUGCAUUGUUGAUGACUCCAUUGGCAAAAAGUAUAGAGGAAAGACUACCAGCCAGACUUUCAAAUAGCUAUUGGUGUUCCAUUCUUAUAAGAACUGCACUUGUUAUCUCUUCCCUUUGUGUUGCUCUUCUUCUCCCCUUUUUUGGUCUUGUGAUGGCUUUAAUUGGUUCCCUUCUUUGCAUACUCAUUGCAAUAAUAAUACCAGCAUCCUGCUUUUUGAAAAUCAUGGGGAAGGAAGCUUCCAAAAUACAGGCAGGACAGGACCCCUAACUGGCAAAUUAUCUAGACACGACUGUUGUUGAGGAUUGAGGAGGUAGGCUUAAGAACCCUGACUGUAUUGAAAGUGCUUUUUGGGCACUGCCUUGACGCCUUCUAGACACGACUUCAAAGUCGGUGUCCAUGGCAUAAUUGUCUACACUCAUGGGAGAUGGUGCAGAAGAUUGAGAGACGGGUUGUUUGCCCUUUGAAUUACUAGCCUUGGAAGGGCUAACCUGAAUGCUCUACGACGGCGGAGGUCACCUUGGUGGCUGAGGACGGUCGGGAGGUUCCAUGAGCUUCUAGGGAUUUAUGAGGGAGAUGUUUUUCUUUUUUAGGAGCAUAUUUUCUUGAGAGUUGUUCUCUGCUUAGAUAAUCCGCAAGAGAGGUUUCUGUGCCUUUUAUAGGCUCAAUUUUGAAAUCAAAGCAGGAUAAGAUUGCGUGCCACCUUGCGAAGAUUUGUUUUGAAACAAGAUUCUUCACAUCUUUUUCAAAGAUGUAUUUACUGGCCUUUGAAUCCGUUCGCACCAGAAAAUCUUUGUUGAUAAGAUCUCCUUGGAACUUUUGAACGCAAUUUACUAUUGUGAGAAUCUCCUUUUUUAACUCUAGAAUAGUUCUUUUGAGUAUCAUUCCAGACUCCAGAAUAAUAAUGGACUACCGUUUCUCUUCCGUUAAUUUCUUGCUUGAGAAUUCCGCCGUAACCAAUGUCAGAUGCAUCAGUUUCCACAAUUGGAUAAGCUCUUUCAUCCAUUAGUGAUAAGCAUGGGAUGCCUUUUGCUAAAGCUUGUAUUGAUUGGACUGCUCGAGUAUGUUCGUCCGUCCAUGGUUUUGGGUUCUUUUUCAAUAUGUCAUAAAGGGGGAGACAGAUGGUACAGGUCUUUGAUAAAGUCUCCAAUAUAAUUUACACAUCCAAGAAAGCGCUGGAGCUGUAUCUUGUCUUGAAUAGUAUCGGGAAACUUAUCCACGAAGUCUAGCGGUCGUUGGAUUGGUUUGAUUAUUCCUUGAUUAAUAUCAUAACCAAGAAAUCUAACUUUCGUUUGAAACAAUUUGAUCUUUGGUAAAGACACCACAAGACCAUUUAUCUUAAUAAUGUUGAAGAACACUUGCAGGUGAAAUGUUGUUCAAUUGUAUUGUGAAUACCAAGACAUCAUCUAUAUAGACGAUAGUGAAAUCCUGAUAUUUGUUGAAUGUGUCAUUCAUGAAAUUUUGGAAUUCGGAAGGAGCAUUUUUUAAUCCAAAUGGCAUGAUGUUCCAUUGGUGUUGCCCGAAGAGGACGUUGAAUGCAAUUUUAUAUCUGUCCUUUGUAGAUACUUGGAUUUGCCAAAAUCCAGAUUUCAUAUUGAACUUUGAGAAAACCU